AUGGCGCUCCAACAACAUGAGCCCGCGCCAUUCGCGCCUCAAUCUUCCUUGUCCUUUACCCAAGGGUUUCUUCUCGGCCAGCUCUCAGUAGUACUCCUGAUAGGCGCUUUCAUCAAGUUUUUCAUUUUUGGUGAAGCGCCUCCCCCUCCGUCCCGGGGCAUGUCAAACCGCACAACACACCGCCGCUACAGCUCCGUCUAUAACCCCCCUCAAGAUAGCCAGAAAUCAUUACGAGAAAAACCCUCGACGUCCAAUGUUCUUCGUCCCGUACCUUCUACCUCUACAAACACCCGCUCCAUCCUCCGCAAAACCUACUACAGUGCCAUUCCUACCAACCCUACUAGCAAACAUGGCCGACACCGCAUGCAUCACUCGUCGCAUCAGCCCGAGUCGCUGGACUGGUUCAAUGUGCUUAUUGCACAGACAAUUGCUCAAUACAGGGAGACGGCCUAUUCCCUCAAGGACUCGCCCACUUCAUCAAUCCUCAGCUCCCUAACGGCAGCCAUGAACAACCCGGAGAAGAAACCAUCGUUCAUAGACAAGAUCAACGUCACCGAUAUCUCACUAGGUGAAGAGUUUCCAAUUUUUAGCAACUGCCGCAUCAUCGCCGUUGACGACCCCAUGUCGGACGGUGGACGGCUACAGGCGCUACUGGAUGUCGACCUCAGCGAUGACAAUCUUUCUAUUGCCGUCGAGACAUCCAUGGUUCUGAACUACCCUAAACCACGCUCUGCCAUCCUGCCAGUAGCGCUAUCAGUCUCGGUCGUGAGAUUUUCAGGAACACUUUGCAUAUCCUUGAUCCCAGCAUCGACCGAACCGCCAGAACCACUUCAAACGCCUGCCGGGUCACCGGCGCCUCCCACAUCAGACCCAGGGUACAACGCAGGUAAUCGAUCCUCUGAUCACGGAGAGCACACAACCUCGCAAGAUCAACUCCCACCAAAAAGCAGCCGGAAAAGCAACGUCGCAUUCUCCUUCCUCCCAGAUUACCGCCUAGACCUCUCCGUGCGCUCACUCAUCGGAUCCCGCAGCCGACUGCAGGAUGUACCAAAGAUAGCCCAGCUUGUCGAAGCGCGAGUCCACGCGUGGUUCGAAGAGCGUGUCGUCGAGCCUCGAGUGCAAGUCGUCGGACUUCCAGACCUGUGGCCGCGCAUGGGCAGAACAGGCGUCCGGCCCGGCGAGGACUCGGAUGCUGGGUCCACCGCGCCACCGCGCAGUGCGGGCUCUACUGAGGCAUCCGGGCCGCCUAUGUUCUCCAACGAGCAUCUUCGGGAACCAGAGGGGCUGCGGUUCCGUGGGGGCCUGGAAGCGCGGCCAGGGCUUCGCGCUGGCUCGCGCACAAGUAGUUUCAACGUUGAUAUGGGUGGCUUGCGCAGCUCGAGUAUGACAAGGCAAGAGAGCGCCGGUGCUACGAGUGAACAUUUUGAUAUGCCUGGUGCGAUGCCGGCGGGGACGCCGGUGGGAACGCCUGGCAUUCCAGACAACUGA